AGCUGCUUCCCGCGCCGGGACCUGAGUGGCGCUGGGCGGAGGCCCCGCGGCACCCGCAGCCCCCGCGCUCCGGGAAGUUGCUCGCGCGUAACAAUCAGAGUGGCCGCCGGGCUGCGGGGCCCGCUCCCCUCCCUCACGCGGCCGGCGGGUGUAUCCAGAGAUGGCGCGUGCUGGCACUUAGUGGUGUCUUUACUGCUUGCUGCAUACAGGAGUGACCUUGGGAAAUGAGGAGGAAUUUGGAGGCAAAGGUGCCUCUGCUGUGCCCGGGAAGAGUUACCAGGGAGCCUGAGUGCAGAUGCGUGAUCAAGGCUGGAGUCUUGGAUGUGGAGGUGGUCGAUCUGUAAAGUGGCAUCACAUGGGGAAGUGGAGAUAACAACACCUCAGGGGACGAGUGCGGAGCAGAUAAAAGCGUUUUGUUGAUCCUGGAAAGCCGUGGUGAUGACUCCAGUAAUUGGGUUCCUGCUGUCUAUGAGAGAGACCUGGAUUGAGUUCCUUGUUCCCAGCUUCAACCUACCCCAGCCCUAGACCUUGGAGGCAUUUGGAAAAGUGUGGGAUUAGUGAUAUGCUUUCAUGAACAGCGGAGCUGAAGAUGUCUAGGCAGAACUUAGUGGCUUUGACAGUCACCACCCUUCUGGGUGUGGCUGUGGGGGGAUUUGUCCUGUGGAAAGGUAUCCAGCACCGAAGGAGUAAGGCAAGCCCUGUGAGGCCGCCGACACCGCGGCGGCAGCAGCAGCAGCAAGAGGAGGAGGAGGAGGAGCAGCAGCAGCAGCCGCAGCCGCAGCCGCAGCAGCAAGUGCCCGGCCGUCCAGAGCCGCCCGCUCCGCCGGAGGACCAGCUGCACUCCAGCUCCCCCAGCGCCUCAUGGGAGGAAAGAAUCCUCCACGGAAAGGUGGUGAUGGUGUCGCAGGAGGCAGAGUGGGACCAAAUCGAGCCUUUGCUUAGGAGUGAGUUAGAAGAUUUUCCAGUUCUUGGAAUCGACUGUGAGUGGGUGAAUUGUGAAGGCAAAGCCAGCCCUCUGUCACUCCUACAAAUGGCCUCUACAAGUGGCUUUUGUGUCUUGAUUCGCUUGCCCAAGCUGACCUACGGAGGGAGAGUGCUACCAAGAACGUUACUGGACAUCUUGGCAGAUGGCACCAUUUUAAAAGUUGGCGUGGGCUGUUCGGAAGAUGCCAGCAAGCUUCUGCAGGACUAUGGCCUCGCUGUCAGGGGCUGUCUGGACCUCCGGUACCUGGCUGUGCGCCAGAGAAACAAUUUGCUCCGUAAUGGUCUUAGCCUGAAAUCGCUCGCUGAGACUGUGUUGAACUUCCCCCUUGACAAGUCCCUUCAACUUCGUUGCAGCAACUGGGAUGCUGAGAAUCUUACAGAGGACCAGGUAACUUACGCCGCCAGGGAUGCGCAGGUUUCAGUGGCUCUCUUUCUCCAUCUCCUUGGAUACCCUUUCUCUAGGCAGUCAGCUGUGCCAGAGAGCGAUGACCGCGCUGGCUGGAGGAAAGUCUUGGAGAAAUGCCGGGAUAUGGUGGACAUCCCAUUCCGAAGCAAAGCAGUUAGCAGACUGGGAGAGGAGGUUGCUGGGGAAGCCUCUGAGUCUCAGCAGAAGCCGAGAAAGAAGAAGUCUGAGAGCGAUGGAGCGGUGCCCGGCAGCCAGCAAGGCCGGGACCCCAGGAGACACAAGAGAAAGCCCCUGGGGGUGGGCUACUCUGCCAGAAAGUCGCCUCUGUAUGAUAACUGCUUUCUCCACGCUCCUGAUGGACAGCCCCUCUGCACCUGUGACCGGAGGAAAGCCCAGUGGUACCUGCACAAGGGCAUUGGAGAGCUGGUGAGCGAAGAGCCCUUUGUGGUGAAGCUCCGGUUUGAGCCUGCGGGCAGACCUGAAUCCCCGGGAGACUACUACCUGAUGGUCAAAGAGAACCUGUGUGUGGUGUGCGGCAAGCGGGACUCCUACAUCCGGAAGAACGUGAUUCCGCACGAGUACCGCAAGCACUUCCCCAUUGAGAUGAAGGACCACAACUCCCACGACGUGCUGCUGCUCUGCACCUCCUGCCACGCCAUCUCCAACUACUACGACAACCACCUGAAGCAGCAGCUGGCCAGGGAGUUCCAGGCGCCCAUCGGCUCCGAGGAGGGCUUGCGCCUGCUGGAAGACCCCGAGCGCCGGCAGGUGCGUUCCGGGGCCAGGGCCCUGCUCAACGCGGAGAGCCUGCCUGCCCAUCGCAAGGAGGAGCUGCUGCGAGCGCUGAGGGAGUUUUAUAACACAGACACCAUCACAGAGGAGAUGCUGCAGGAGGCCGCCAACCUGGAGACAAGGAUUUCUAAUGAAAACUACGUCCCUCACGGGCUGAAGGUGGUGCAGUGCCACACCCAGGGUGGCCUGCGCUCCCUCAUGCAGCUCGAGAGCCGCUGGCGCCAGCACUUCCUGGACUCCAUGCAGCCCACACACCUGCCGCAGCAGUGGUCCGUGGAUCACAACCAUCAGAAGCUGCUCCGGAAGUACGGAGAAGACCUCGCGGUCAAGCUGUCGUGAGCGCGGCUCCCUCCAGGGCAGGGUGGGGCGGGGGUGGGGGGGUGCUGCAGUGAAGGCAACGGAGUCGUGGUCGUUAAUUGUCAAAGCCGGAGCCGCGCAGUCAGUAUAUGAACCCGUGCUGGACUCAGGUGCUUCUGAGGCAGCAGGCUGCCGUUUUAAGGAAAGCCGUGGUUUUCAUCUGUAACUGAGCAAGGUCCGUCUCCUCUCUUGGUUUGUUUUUGUGAACGAGAAAGGAGACCUUGACCUUUAUUUGCUCUCUGCUCCCUCUGCCUUUCCUGCGCAGAGGGAAACCGACAAAUUCUCCCCGAAGCGACUUGCUGGGACUCUCAGAAAAUGUUUUUAGCUCCUUGCUUCCCUGUCCAGUGCGUUGAUUGACCUCGGACAGGAGCUGCCCAGCGUGUCAGUCCCGUCAGGCGGGAAGGGAGACUGUGCUUCCGGAGGCUGGAGAGGGGACCAAGGGUCUGACCCGUGCUCCCAGCUCAGCCUCCUGAGGAUCAUCUCUGGCUGAGUGCUCGCCAGCGACUCACCUGGCUGGGACCCGCCCGGAGUACGGUGCUUCUGUUGAUUUCCCAUGGUGACUGUGCUCCCUUCCCACGUGGGGACCACAGGGCAGCUUCCUGCUGUGAGCUCCGCCCUCCCCUUGAGGAAGCCCCCUUCUGGGAUAAGCCUCCCCCCUCCCCGCGAGGUGGACGGGCCUGCAGGCCGCUGCCCAGCAGAGCGUGGUUCUUGGCUCAGCUCCUCCCUUUGUGCCGUGUGUUGCCUGCUUCUUGCACGCUUCCUGCCCAAAACUGCCAGGAUUUUAGCUCAGUCCCUUCCUGUGGGGAAGAUUGUAUUUAACCAGGAUCCAUGUCAGCUCCUCCACGCUCCGGCCUCCCUCAGCUUUGCAACACUGACUUCUUUUAAACCCAUACUCACUCCAGAGGCUUUCAGUCAGGUCGCAGUUCAUGGAGGACGUCCUGGUCCCCCCUGAAGCCUGGGGCCCCGAGAUCAGUGAAUAGAGUAGAUGUUUGCAAGGGUGAUGUUUCGUCUCUCAAAACAUCUGUCUCCUCAUUGAGUGUGAAAUUAACUUAUUAGUGAUUGUACCUUUUCUAAACUACUAGGGAAACUUUCGUAUUUCACAAGUUCUUAACAAGCUUAAAAAGGACUUUUAAGAUCUGAAUUCAACAAGAGCUCUAUUUUGGAAUUGUGCCCAAGUUGGUGAUGAUUGUUCUAACCUUGAUCAAUAAAACCUCUAAGCACAAGACUCA